ACCAAAUCUCCGACAUACUCUCUUCCAACCUUUUCCUUACUUCUUCCAGUGUUUGUCUGGUCGUUGACAACCCGUGCGCCGUUAGAGUUAUUAUGCUCCAUCUUCUUCUCUAUCCGUAGCCUUACUUUGGCUAUACAAUUCCUCGUAGUUUCAUUGGAUUCCAUUCGAACUAUUUCUAGAAUGAUAUUCAAUCCACUGGCUAAUGGCAAUUCAAUGCUCUCCCGCUGGACUUACCUAUUUUCGGUAUCCUUCUGGGUAUAGACGCUCUUCUUUGGGAAACGUUAUCUCUCGCCAUCAGACUAUAAUCUAAACGUCAAAAUUUUCCCAUUAAUAGCCCUUAUCUCCCUCCUCGCCGGCCUCGGGCCUUGAUUAAGAAACAGCUUUAUCUAUGGCCUGGUUCUUUCCGCAUCACUUUUUGCCACUAUGUCUGCAGAAACCGAAUUCCGGCCACUGCUUGACCAAAGCGUUGGCUAUGGCGUCGUUGUAGGCGUCGGGUUUUUCUUUGCAGCUAUCAUGCUGCUCUUAACGUACCUACAAGCAAAGUUCACCGACUUGUCACCCUCUUCUUCAGAGGAAUUCACGAGCGCAUCACGGAGUGUAAAGCCAGGCUUGGUGUGUUGUGGGAUUGUCAGCGCAUGGACUUGGAGUGCAACUUUACUCCAAUCGAGUACAGCGGCGUAUACAUUCGGAGUUUCGGGACCUUGGUGGUAUGGUGUUGGAGGGACUAUCCAACUGGCUAUCUUCGGGAUGGUAGCUGCCAAAGUCAAAAUGAACGCAAACGGAGCCCAUACUUUUCUCGAGAUUGUUCGAGCGCGAUUUGGAACCGGUCCCCACAUCCUAUUCACCUUCUAUGCUUUCAUGUGUAUCAUGAUCGUUUGCGGCUCGCUAUUACUUGGUGGGGCCACCACAGUCACUGCAUUGACAGGCAUGAACACAGAGGCCGCAUGUUUCCUCCUUCCAAUCGGUAUCGCGGUAUAUGUCCUUGUCGGCGGCCUUCGUGCAACUUUCAUAUGUGAUUGGAGUCAUACCGUGAUUCUAUUCAUCAUCAUCUACAUUUUUCUCUUCCGGGCCUAUGGUACUUCAUCGGAGACAGGUGGGCUAUCAGGUUUGUACGACCUCCUGGUAGCAGCAGGAGAAGAGAUGCCCGUCGAGGGAAAUCAAAAUGGCAGUUAUUUGACUAUGAAGAGCAAUCAAGGGCUGGUGUUCGGCGCUGCGACCAUUCUGUCUGGAUUCUCUGGAGUGUUCUGUGACCAAGGCUACUGGCAAAGGGCAAUCGCAAGUCACCCCUCCUCAACUACAAAGGCAUAUAUGCUGGGCGGCCUUUCCUGGUUUGCCGUCCCUUUUGCUUUCGCUUCAUGUCUAGGCUUAGCAGCAAGAGCAUUAUUGCACCAUCCGGAUUUUCCCACCUACCCUAACCCACUCUCCGAUUCUCAAACGAGUGCCGGGUUGGCUGCUCCUGCAGCUGCAGCAGUGUUGAUGGGAAAGGGUGGGGCCGUUGCAGUUUUGUUGGUGGUGUUCAUGGCCGUAACUUCCGCUACCAGCGCAGAACUUAUUGCCGUUUCAAGCCUCUUCUCUUACGAUAUUUACCGAACUUACUUCAAACCGAGUGCCAAAGGAGCUCAAAUUGUUCGCGUCUCUCACUACUUUAUCUGCUUCUGGGCUGUAUGGAUGGGCUGCUGGGCCGUCAUCCUGAAUAAGGCUGGCGUAGAUCUUGGCUGGCUUUUCUACGUUCAAGGAGUCAUCUUGAGUCCAGCCGUCAUUCCUAUCGCUUUGACUGUGACAUGGCGGAAACUGACAGCGAUUGCAGUAUGCCUUGGUGCGAUACUGGGUGCUGUCUUGGGCCUGACGGCUUGGAUCAUUGGGUGCUGGAAAAUUUACGGUACCAUCAACAUCACGAACCUAGCGAAACCAUAUUCGGCUGUGUGCAGCGGCCUCACAGGGUUUGUGUUUUCCGGGAUCAUCACCGCUGGUACAUCGUUAUUGAGUCCGGCAAACUAUGAUUUCCAAGGCACCAGGGGAAUCACUCGUUUGGACGACUUCAACCACAGUACUAGUGAUAGAGCCUCCGAGAAUGUACAGGACAAGAAGGAUGCUGUCGAUACUGCCGUCGUCGGAGCCGACGAGGCAGAAUCUCAGAUCGGUGAAGGCGAAAUAGACAUGAAAUCGCUGCAAGCUGCGUUCAAAAGAGCGACUUGUUAUUCCUUAACAUUGACUUCGAUUGUGGCGAUCGUUGUACCCCUUCCUAUGUUCUUUUCCCAUUAUGUCUAUGAUAAACAAUUCUAUAAAUUUUGGGCCUCGGUUACCAUUAUAUGGGCUUUGAUGAGUGGCACCUGGUCAGUCUUGCUUCCCAUCUGGGAAUCCAAAGACCAGAUCACGCAGAUUCUAUAUAGGAGUUACCAGGCUAUGAGAGGGGGAAAGGUACCGUAAAGCACCACCACUGAAAGACUUCAUGGAUCCAUUCAUGCGGUUCGUUUGACCGAAAAGGAUGGCUGUCUAGAAGCGCUGUAAAUAUCCUUGUAUAUCUCGUAUACAGUACAGUUACAC